CUACCCGGAGAAAGGUCACCUUCUUCAUUUCUUAUUCGACCGCUCUUUUGCAGUCCCUCUCUCUCUCUCUCUCUCCCUCUCUCAACUGCUUCGCAUCGGCUCCAUCUGCGAUAUCCGAAUUAAGAACUCGAUUCGUUCAAGUUACCCGGAUCGGUGAUCAAACUUUGGUCACCUCUCUUCACUCUGGGGAACCGUAGCUUCGAAGAGGUGGUUCUCACCGUCACGGUCACAGGCACGAUCGCAGUGAUCUUCUGCUUAGAACAUCAAAUGGAGGAGAAGCCCACGUCUGUCAAAGACGGAUAUCUGAACAGAAAUCACCACAACAUUUCCUUUUCUUCCUCCUGUCCUAAUCCCUCUCGGAGGGAUGUUUCUUAUAGCUGUGGUUCUUGUGGGUAUGAACUGAACCUAAGCUCUGGCGAUCGGAACACCUCAACCAUUGGCUCAAAAUACGGGAAAUCUAUAAAGACAGGGAUCAUAUCUUUCUUUUAUAUUGACGAGAGCAGAUUUACUCAGGUUGAUGAAAUCCAAUGCAUACCCCACUUUUCUAAGCACUCUUGGGGUUUGAUCCGCCGGAGAACCAAACUUCUUUGCCGCAAGUGUGCUAACCCGAUUGGAAUUGCUUGCAAUGAUAGUACGUCAUUGCACCCUCUUGUAACUGAUGCAUCCGACUCUUCCUCUGGCAAUGAAGUUUCAAGUGGAAGAAAAUAUGACAUCAAAAUCCGUGCCUUACAGCCUUCAUCUUCUGAAGAAAAUGGUACACCGUUUUUCACGUGACAUGCUCGGCAGCUCGAGCAAGCUUGUUUUAUAUGUUCUUUUCUUGUCGAAGAAAUAUCUGCAGCAACCAAGCCUAGAAAUUUCCUGUAAGCCUAUUUAUCUAAAGGUGGUGUUGUCUUUGUAUUGUAUUUGUUUGGUGUUUUCCCCUCUUAUCUGUAUGCUUACAUGUACAUAACAGUUUCUAAUAACUGAAUUAUAAAGAAAAUGGUGCUUAAACUGAA